UGGAAGGAAAGCACUCACUGAGCUAAGCACCUGCUGAGCACACCAACCACAAGAGAUAAAGACUGCAAGACAUCUCGCUGUCACCAUGAAGACCACACUUGCCACCAUCGCUGUCCUGGUCAUGGCUCUCAGCUGGACCUCUGAGGCUGUGCAGGUUGAAGAGAAUGGAUUGUCUUUCUCUCUGGAAGGCGUCAUCAGACUCCAGGAGCUGACAGAGAGCAGCGGUGCAAGACAACAGAGCCCACGGCUCAGGGCAGGCACCGGGUCCGUCUGUGCCGACCCCAUGCUCCCCCAGGAGUUCCUGCCCCUCUGUAGGCAGAGAGGAGCAUCUGCAUCCCUUGCCAGACUAGCUAUGGUACCCAGGGACGUCUGUGAGAUCUGCGCUUUUGCUGCCUGCACCGGCUGCUAAACAAGCAACAAACACUUUGCCCAGCUUAAGACUUGUGAUUUGUUUCCUCCCCCCUCACAACUAUAGUACAGAGAAUUUGAAAAAUAGAUUUACCUGAUGAGACAAUGACAUUAUGUUCCCUGAAUACACAGGCUCUGACUCUGUCCUAUUGGUACUUAAUAGAGCAAAAAAAGCCCCCUAAAAGAAAGAAAUCAAACAAGGUAUGUUGAUGUUGUUAUUGUUUUUGUUGUUUUUUUGCAAACUGUUACUGUAGCAUAUUUACUUUAUUUUUCAUUUCCAUCAUGCCUUUUAUUUUUGGAAUUUACAUUGUUUGUUACAUUUCUAUCUGACCAAGCUUUGUACUGUAUACAUAUUUAAAAGAGAAGUUUCUUUUUUGCUUGUUUCUUAACAUUGUUUUCAAUAAAAGGCUUUCAUUCAAAAA